UGCGCAACUCAAAUUUCCCUUGCUGAGCAACACCCCCCACCUCCCCCAGCCUGCCCCAUGUGCCGGCUGUUGACCGUCCCUCAGCCGGGGAGGUUGCACGGCGGCGUCUCCGUUGCGGGAAACGCUGCCUCCCGCUUCCCACCAUUUGCUGGGGAGAACAGCAAUUUGCCGGGGAGACCUCCCCGCCGCUCCAGCCCGGGCAGGGGGCCGGUGGCUCCGGACCGGUAGCGGACGCGGCGUCCCGGGCGUCCCGGCAGGGGGCGGUACAAGGCGGGAGCACAGCGCGGUACCGCGGGGCUGCGCACAGUCGUGCCGGUUCUGUGCUGGUGCCGAGCUGAGCCGAGCCGAGCUGAGCUGAGCUGCGCCGCGCCGCCCGCGCCUGCUGCAUCGCCGAGCCCAGCAGCUCCGCACCGCACCGGGAGGGUUUGGUGGCUGGCCCCAUCCUGGAGAGCUGGGGAGCCCAUCCUGAGGAUUGGCUGUGCCAGCCCAGCAGCAGCGGGCUGGGCAGCUGUCAUCACCGGGGGAGCAGGAAGAUGAGUAGAGGCACAGCCCAUCUCCUGACAGCUCUCUUCAUGGCGGCAGCAGGAGCCAUGGGCUACCCAUCCCGGCGGUCUGCCAAUGACCUGGAUGCCACCCCCAGGACAACAGUCACUUUUGAAGAGCUGUCAGGCGUCCGGCGCUUCAGUGUGCACACCCUCAACUACAGCACCCUGCUGCUGGAGGACAGCCGGGGCAUCCUCUACGUGGGCGCCAGGGGAGCCAUCUUCGCCCUCAACUCCAGCGAUGUGGCUGAUGGCUCCCACCGCACGAUCCACUGGGAAGCCUCCCCAGAGAAACAGAUGGACUGCCUGCAGAAGGGCAAAAACAACAAGACCGAGUGCUUCAACCAUGUGCGGUUUCUGCAGAGACUGAACAGCACACACCUCUACGCCUGCGGCACCUACGCUUUCCACCCUCUCUGCGCUGCCAUUGAUGCUGACAGGUUCAUGUUGCCGUCCCACUUUGAGGAAGGGAAGGAGAAGUGCCCAUACGACCCUGCCCGUGGCUACACUGGCCUCAUUGUGGAUGGUGGCUUGUACACGGCCACACGCUACGAGUUUCGGAGCCUCCCUGACAUCCGGAGGAACCUGCACCAGCGACCACUGAAGACGGAGGAGUCCCCGCUGCACUGGCUGAACGAUGCUGAAUUCGUGUCCUCCGUGCUGGUCCAAGAGAGCAAAGACAGCCCUGUGGGUGAUGAUGACAAAAUCUACUAUUUCUUCACGGAGCGGGCGGGUGAGGAGACCACGUCCUUCUUUGACAAGAGCCAGAUGGCCCGGGUUGCCCGGGUCGCCCGUGUCUGCAAGAGCGAUGUGGGGGGUAAGAAGAUCCUGCAGCGCAAGUGGACGUCGUUCAUGAAGGCGCGCCUGGUCUGCUACAUCCCCUACUACGAGGUUCUGCGCAGUGUCUGCAACCUGGAUGGGGGUGGCUGGGCCAGCACUGUCUUCUAUGCUGCCUUCACCCUUUCAGCACAGUGGAGGACCAUGGAGGCCUCGGCCGUGUGCCGCUACAGCAUCUCAGCGGUGCAGCGUGCCUUUGAGGGCCCCUACAUGGAGUUCCAGGACUCAGCCCGCAAGUGGUCCCGCUACGAUGGUGCGGUGCCUGAACCCCGGCCUGGCUCUUGCAUCACGGACCACUCCCGCAGGAAGGGCUACAACUCCUCACAGGACCUGCCCAACAGCGUCCUGGACUUUGUCAAGCUGCACCCGCUGAUGUUUGAGGAGGUGAAGCCCACCAGUGGGGAGCCGCUGGUGGUGAAGAAGAAUGUGGCAUACAGUCAGCUAGCUGUGGACAGGGUGCGGGCCCUCAAUGGCCACUCCUAUGAUGUUCUCUUCAUGGGGACAGGGGAUGGCUGGAUCCACAAGGCUGUGGUGGUGGGCUCUGGCAUCCACAUCAUGGAGGAGGUGCAAGUCUUCAGGGAGCCACAGCCUGUGGAGAGCCUGGUGAUCUCCCAGGCCCAGAGGAGCCUGUACGUGGGGGCAGCCAGUGGGGUCCUGCAGGUGCCUCUGGCCUCCUGUGCCAGGUACGUCACCUGCUAUGACUGCAUCCUUGCCCGGGACCCCUACUGCGCCUGGGACGGCAGGGCCUGCUGUGCCAUCACCACUGCUGAGGACAGCUCAGGGCUGGUGCAGGACAUAGAGAGUGGCAACCAGGGAUGCCGGAGCAGCUCUGGGCGGGGUGAGUCCAUGCUGCCCCUCGGGACAGCGGGGGAUACUGUUGCCCCUCCAAGUGGCUGGGAGGGGUGUGAGGCAGUGCAUACCCCCACAGGCUUCCUGCCUUGGAAGAACCGGACGGUGCUGCAGGGGGAUGAUGUGCUGCUGCCCUGUGACCAGCGCUCCAACCUGGCACGAGCCAUCUGGCUACUGAAUGGCACAGAGGUGCCAGUCACCGGACAGGACCGGCUGCGUGUGGGGGUGGACGGGCUGCUGGUGACUGACACGCUGCCCCAGCACAGUGGGCAGUACCGCUGCUACGGGGAGGAGCGAGGUCUGCGGAUGCUGCUGGCUGCCUACAGUCUCACCGUGCUGCCUGAGCUGCCUCUCAGCCCUACGGCCGCCCCACCGCCUCACGCUGCCAGCCAGGCAGGUGGUGAUGUGAAGGUGGCUUACAUCUCUGUCAUCGUCGCCUUGGUGGUGCUGUGUGGCGUGCUCAGCACCAUCCUCCUCUACAUGUCCUGCCUGGAGAAGCGCAAGGGCAAGUACGUCCUUGGGGAGCCGCGGCCAGCCAGCGUGGAGCUGCAGACCAUCUCGGCCAACUGUCUGCGCAAGGGCCGCUGGGAGGAGGAGGAGGAGGAGGAGGAAGAGCUCACCUACCCUGAUGGCUGCCUGCGAAUCAUCCCUGGUGAGGCACCCACGGCUGCCACCUCCCCAGUCAAGGAGCUGCCAGCCGCUGUGCCCCCACUGCCGCCACCGCCGCCGCUGCCAGCUGAGCUCACCAACGGCGUGGGGGCUCUGCCCAACGUCCUUCGCAAGAUGAAUGGCAACAGCUACAUGCUGCUGCAGCAGCAGGAGGAGCCGCUGGCCUCGCCCCUCUACAGUGCAUCCUUCACUGAGGAGCUCAGCAAGAUCCUGGAGAAGCGGAAACACACGCAGCUGGUGGAGAAGCUGGAUGAGAGCUCCGUGUAGGGGCCGUGAGGGGGGGGUUGCUGCUAGCAGGACCCUCUCCUCCAGCCCCAUCUCCCACGCCCUGCCAGCAGUGUUACAAGACUCAGGCAAAACUACCUCCAGAAUGGCAGAGCUGGGCCGGGCCCGGGCUCGGCCAUUCCUUUGGCUUUUCACUCUUAAGACUUGCUGUACAGAAAAAGAAUCUAUUUAAAUUUGGGAGCUCUAUUUAUGUAUAAAAACUCACCGACGGUGGCCAUGAGCUGGAGGCAGGAGCUGGCACCUGGCUGAAGGUGAACACAGGGGGGAGGGAUUUUCUGUCAGUCCAUCCAUCCAGGCAAGAGAGAGACGUGGACAUGUGGACAUCCCCUGCCCCAUUGGGCAUCCCCGGAUGGCUGUUGAGAGGGUUUUCUCUCUGGGAGAGGACAAUUCGUCGAUGGAUGAAGCUGGGUUGAGGAACCCACACCUCCCAGCACCCUGCAACAGCUGGUGGAGUGGCAGGUCCCCACUACAAAGAGACUCCAGGGCACGAGCAGGAUGCAACAGCAGGCAGCAAGAUACAGUGGCCACAGGACAGGCAGCCACUGCCUUACCCUGUGGUGAGGGACCUGUGCAGCAUCCUCCUGACACCUGCAGUGCCCCCAGGCACCACACAUUUGCCCUUCUGUGUGGCACCGUUGGAGAAUUGGGGGUUCAGGCACAGCCCUGUCUCUCACGGGAGGUGUGAGAGGGGAGAUGUCCUCAGGGCAAGAAGAAGCCCUGCUGCUGCCCUCUGGGGCAUCCUGCUCUUCAUGGCACUUUCUUAUGGGCGGCCACUGUCCCUAAAUCCCCACAACUACCUCUGCUCCUGCACCCUCCUGGGGGAACCCAUGGGACUGGGGUGGCAUCUCAUGCCCUGGGGAGAUGACAGUGACAAUGGAGAAGCUGAGGAUGGACAGACUUGCUGGAGUGUGUGUCUUCCCCUCCCAGUGUGUACUCUGCUAGCACCUCCUGGAUGAGGACAUUGCCUGGAGCCCAGCUUUGCUGUGGAGGCAAGAGGUGGCAGCCCGUGAGGUCCCAAACAGGCUGCAGCCCAAGCCUUCCUGCCCCAGAAGAGUGAGGCUGACCAGGAAAAUGCAAAAGUUGGACACCUGGGCUCUCCCAUCCUGCUCUCACCCUUCUUCUACCUGCAAGAAGGGGGGUGAGCUACCCCAAGCACCCCCUCCCCCCAAGUAGGAGCUCUGCCCUUUGUGUCUGACACCCCUCAUUCACAGCCCCACAUGCCCCCAGCAAUAAACACGGCUCUGUCAGGAUGCGGUGUGGCAG